UAAUGAAGGAUGCGCCAACAAGUCUGUUAAAUGUACAUAAAACAGUAUAAUUGCACUACUCACCAGCAGUAUUUGUUUGUAAACGGUGACACUAAAACAACAUUACCGUGCCCAUCCCACCAACCAUGGGUGGAAUCAAUUUGGCUAAUGACUGUACUGUGAAUGUUUAAUGCACUUGUCAUCCCGGCGUUCGUUGAUUAAUGGGUUGAGCACCUCUUGCUCAGGGCUUGUGGUUGCUGGUGUGACUAAAGCAACCACUCGCACGCUCCGGCAGACCUUUCUAAAAUGUCCGUUAUUCCGGUACGCAGUUUGCUCGAUUCGCAGCACGUGCUGUUUUAUGUUUCCUCCAUCUUUGGCGUGAUUCCGUACUCAUUGUGGGCGUUCGCGAAGCGUACCGUGCUGCAGCUCUCGAUCCUGGGCAAUGUAUGGGUGGUGUGCAGCUUGAUCGUGUACAGUGCGCUGUACCAUGUGGCCACCACCAACUACGUGAAGGACGAUUGGGGCACGCAGAAAACGCUCACGAAUGCGAUCGGUAUCUUCAUCAUCUACAUGGAACCGCUGAUGAUGGCCACCGAUAUGGUGGCCGGGAUGAUUAACCAAAGGCAGCUGGUGCAGUGCGUCGAUCGGAUUGCCCGCAUCGAUAACCACCUCGCCACGGAAGGCAUUCUGCUGAACAACCAGCGGCUGCGGCGUACGACCAUCGUGCUGCUGCUGCUGGUGCUGGCCUUCGAAGCGGUCAUCACGGUGUACAGCUUCGUGGCGUUUGAAGAGGAGUUUACGGUCUACUCGCUGAUAUGGUACAUCACGACCAUACCGACCGCCAUCAACUCGGUGAGCCGCAUCUGGUACGUGAUGCUGGUGUUGGCCAUCCGCCAGCGGUUCAACGCGAUGAACGCACACAUGAACGCGAUUGCGCACGGGUUGCUGCACUACAAGGAUCAGUUCGUGGGCGAGCAGGAUGCGGACAUUGCCGAGAUACCGCUCGACUAUCUGGAGAAGGAAAUCUUUACCGUGUACACGCAGCGCCGUAAGCAGCUGGCCGCUACGCCGCCGAAAAACCCAAUCACCAAGGUCAUCGCAGUCAAGCCGUACCAGCCCGGCAAGCAACCGUCCAGUUCGCCGACCAAGUCGAUCGAACUGUCCACCCCCCGCAACAGUGCCAUCCAACCGUGGUCGGAUGCGGAAGGACUCGGCCCGGCUCGCCAGUACCUGCCGGCUGACCUGCGGCUAAGGGUAAAAAUCGAGCAACGGUUGGACAACAAGCUGAUCCUGAUCUGCCGGACGCAUGACGAGCUGUGCGAGGUGGGCAAGAUCGUCAACCGUAUGUACAGCGUGCAGAUGCUGGUCGCGAUGGCGCACGGGUUCGUGGCGAUAACGGCCGAGUUUUACUUUCUGUACUGUAGCUUCACGGAGCAGGAGGUGCCGAUACUGUUCCGGUCGGCGGAACUGUUUCUGCUGGCGCUCACGUACAUCUCGUACACGGCGCUCAAGUGUAUCGUACCGAUCUUCGUGUGCUGGAAGACGAAAACCGACUCGCACCGAACGGGCAUCGAGAUGCACUAUCUGGCGAAUGUGGUCGACGAGUGUCACUGUUACGAGGUGGUGAACCACCUCUCGCUCAAGCUGCUGAACCACCAUCUGAACUUUAGUGCGUGCGGAUUUUUCGAUCUGGACAUGACGACACUGUAUGCGAUUACGGGUGCGAUAACGAGCUAUCUCAUCAUACUGAUUCAGUUUAAUCUGGCUGCGAUACAGAAAUCCAGCAGCAAUUCAACGGUUGCCUCGAACGAUAGCACCACUACAGCCGUGUCGGUUAUUGAGACCGUGGUCACCACAGCCUUAACGACGUACGUUCCGAACUAAUGUGCGAGAAAUUAUUUUUGAUGCAUAGCUUACGCUCUUAUUCGUUUGGCUUGUGUGAUUCUUAUAAAGCUAUUAUUU